AUGACAUCCAGAUUCGGUAAAACGUACAACCGCAAGGGAGGGGAAGCCAAUUCGAAAUUUGAAGAGGUCUUCUCCAAUAAAAAGCCCACACUGACCACCAAAUGGGGGGAGACCACCUACAAGGCUCAAUUAGGGGGCAAAAGGCCUCUGUUAAAACCUGAUGUUUCUGAGCUCUCCAAGAGGCCCAGACUGGAAGACAGCGACAGUGAAGAAGAUCCCUUUGGGUUUGACAGCGAUGAUGAGUCCAAGACUGUAACCUCUGACAGCGUGUCCCAGCCCAAAGUCAAUGAUGGCGUUGUGACAAAGAUGACUGUGGUGCAGGGCGGUGGGACUGCUACAGUUAUGGCUUCUGCACAUGGCUCUGCAAGCUCAACAGCUAACUUCAUAAGCAAACAAACAUCUGAAGUGAAGAUUCUUAAAAAUAACCAGCCCUGGGUAAAAAGUACAACAGUAAGCAACCAAAAACCUGCAAGUUUGACCACUUUGUCAAACACAGUCCCCUCCGGUGAUCCGACCUUCUCAGCAUCCCAGAGUUCCAUCUCCGCCUCUCCCAAUGUAGACGCCUCGCUUAAACUAUCCACUGAUGCACCAGGUGGUAGCAGAGACUUCCAAACUGCUUCCUCUCAUGAUGGUGUGCCAUCAGAAGAGAUGAAAUGUGAAGAGCUGGAGCCUCCACCAGAACCAGUGGACAACAUCCCCCCUUCCCCAUUUACCUUAAGGGCUUCAAACUGCAAGAAAUACCAGCGGCCCGGCAAACCUAACAAAAUGUCCUCUGAACCUGCUGAAAACGACAGCAACAAGCCCACUGAAACGAGUGCCCAAGAUAAACCCAACAGUGUCUUUUCUGCUAGUGCAAGUAGUACUGCUGCCAAUGCUAAAACAGCAGCCAAGCCUGCAGCCAAGCCUGCAGGCAGGGGCGGUGGGAGGGUACGGGACUACACGGUCCUGCACCCUUCCUGUUUGUCAGUGUGCAACGUCACCAUCCAGGACUCAAUUGAGCGGAGCAUUGAUGAACUUGUCACCCCAGCUGCUCCUGCUGACCUUGGAGAAGCAGGCCAGAUGAAGAAAAAGUCUGACGCUCCUCCACCCAAACCCUCCAGGUUCAGACCCACCCAGACAAAGACCAAGAAAACCAAGACUGAGACCAAGCUAGAGUUUUUUGGCUUUGACAAAGAGGACCAGGAGGGCGAAGAGGGACCAGAAGGUGCCAUGGCAGGCAAGAGUAGCUACAAGAUCAAGUACUUUGGCUUUGAUGACCUGAGUGAGAGUGACAGCGACGAGGAGAGCCCUAAGGCCAAAGAGAAGAAGGCGAAGAAGGCAGCUGCAGCCUUAGCUGCUCUGAGUUCCAGUGUGGACAGCCCACAUACCAGUGACUCUCAGGACAGUCAGGCCAGCAGCAACACAGAUGCUUUUGACUUUGCUGAUGACUCCAGUCCUUGCGGCACUGAGGGGCAGAAGGGGCGCUCAGGGAAACCAAGUGAUAAAUCAAAGGAUGUUGGCGGUGGAUUUAAAAAGAUUUUCAGUGGGCCCAAAAAGUCCCCUGCUAAAGCUGUGUACAACGCUCGCCACUGGAACCAACCUGAGCCUGAGGAGAUCCCUGUGCCGCCACUGUCUCGAUCUCAAACUGCUCCGGCCAUUGUAUCGAGCAGUAGCAAGGACAGCAACUCCCAUAAAGAUGAUGGCUUGUUCAAAGCCCCUCCGCCGCCGCCCAAAGUCAUUAAGUCAGAGACCCUCCCCACGCGACUUAACCAGGAUAUUGUCACAGCGCUGAAAUGCAGGAAGGAGCACAAAGAGCUGUACACAGUGGUGCAGCAUGUGAAGCACUUCAAUGACGUGGUGGAGUUCGGAGAGAAUCAAGAGUUCACAGAUGACUUUGAGUACCUGCAGACUGGGCUGAAGAGCAGCCAGCCACUCAACACAAGAUGCCUUAGUAUAAUUAGCUUGGCCACGCGGUGUGCCAUGCCCAGUUUCAGGAUGCACCUGCGGGCCAGGGGGAAAGUGGCGCAGGUCUUCAAAAUCCUCAGUGAUGCUCCUCAACAUCCGAACCUUGCUCUCUGCACGGCUGCCUUGAUGUACAUUCUGAGUCGGGACCGUCUGAACAUGGACCUGGACAGGGCCUGCCUGGAGCUGAUGAUCAAGCUGCUGGAGCUGGACCAGGACUACUCGGCGCACCAGGAUCAGCUCACCGCAAAGGAAGUGGAAAAGGUCAAGGAGAAAAUAAGAAAGCUGUGUGAAACCGUACACAACAAGCAUCUCGACUUGGAGAACAUCACGACGGGUCACCUUGCCAUGGAGACACUGCUCUCGCUUACCUCCAAAAGAGCCGGGGAUUGGUUCAAAGAAGAACUGCGACUCCUGGGAGGCUUGGAUCACAUUGUAGACAAAGUUAAAGAGUGUGUGCAGAACCUGAGCCAAGAGGAUGACAAGGAGAACCUUGUAGCGUCUUUAUGGGGGGCUGAGAGGUGUCUGAGAGUGCUUGAAAGUGUGACGGUGCAGAACCCAGAAAACCAGGGUUAUUUGAUUGCCUACAAAGACUCACAACUUAUUGUCUCCUCUGCCAGAGCUUUGCGAUACUGUGAGGAUAUGAUCCAGCGGUACAGCAGGGCUUUGAACAACAGCUCUCUGUCAUCAUCGGGUGCAGCGCUGCCCCACUGCAACUUCAGUAACGUGGGCAAAGCAGUGGAAGACUGCAUGAGGGCCGUCAUAGGAGUACUGCUGAACCUCACCCAUGACAAUGAGUGGGGAAGCACCAAGACAGGCGAACAGGAGCAGCUAAUAUGCACUGCUCUGAACUGCGUCCUUCGAGUUCCCCGCUACAUCCCCCAGGAGCAGCGCUUUGACGUGCGAGUACUGGGUCUGGGUCUGCUAAUUAACCUUGUGGAGUACAGCUCCAGAAACCGCCAUUGUCUGGUGGACAUGGAGUACAAGGUAGACGACACCUGUCUGGAAGACAGCCUGAUGCAGCCUGCUGACCCAACACAAUCUGACACAGCUGCAUCGUCAGCGAUGGCACCGCCAAGCACAGCUGAGAUUCAGGGAGACGGAGCUGACAAGCCCAAGUCCUCCGGUGCUUUGGCUGCCCUGGUGCAGCUCUUCCUGGAGAGGGAGGCUGCUGCCAUCCUGGCUGAGGCCAAGACAGACGACCUCAUCAGUGAGGCGCCCAAGCCGGCACUGGACCAAAGUGGAGAGUGGCAGGAGACGUCGGGAGAGAUCCAGUGGGUGGCAGCCGAAAACAAUGACAGCCAGACUGAGAAUAAAGAGGGCGAGAAGAAAGAGGAGGAGGAUGAAGAGUUGGACCUAAAUAAAGCUCUGCAGCAUGCAGGCAAGCAUAUGGAAGACAGCAUUGUUGCCUCCUACACUGCUCUGCUGCUGGGCUGUCUCUGCCAGGGCAGCCAGAUAAAUGUGACUACUGUGAGAGAGCAUCUACCUAAAGGGGAUUUCUCCAUCAUGACAGAAAUGCUGAAGAAGUUCUUGAGUUUCAUGAACCUCACUUGUGCCAUGGGCACCACAGGACAGAAGUCCAUCUCGCGGGUCAUCGACUACCUGGAACACUGUUAACAGACAGCCAGACUUUGGACUCACACUCUGCACAUUAAAGGGAUCCCAGGCUACUCCGGUGCUCCCACCACGACAGGAGCCACAUGGGGUCAUUGGAGACUCGGCAGCAUUCCCUUAACUUCACCAGAUCACCCGAUGCUGUGAUCACUCUCAUCUAUUAAGCCGUACGUUGAUGUGUGAACACAAAUAUGAAAGUUUCACUUCCUUUCUGGAGCACAGCCUGAACCAAAGCCCUGCUAGCUGAUGGACAUUUCCUUCAGUUCCACUCAACUAACGCCACACUCGGAGUCAGAUCGAGAUCCCUCCUCAGGUAACGGGGGAAACGGGCAGAGGCUAAACUUUCAAAAUACUCAGUGGAAUGUCACAUAUGAAGAUGGACAGCAGCAGGCCACUGAGGUGGAGUCUCCUGUUCGCUGCCUGGUCUCGACUCCUGGCCGCUUAGUUGAAGUGUAAAACCUCCUGAAUCAAAUUUUAUGGAUCAUUACAUUUUAAUCUCUACUCAUCCACAUCAGAGCCAAGGGUGAAAUCAUUGGUUAGCAUGAAAAAAAACAAUCAUUUUCAUGGAUGUUAGAAUAACGUCUCUAUGUGUAAACUUGUGUGAAAUGAUCUUUUUUGAAUGCAUACAUCCAUUUAGUUACAUGUUUGCAGUUGGCUUGAAUGUUUAAGGGAAAGAGCGUAUUUUUAGCUUUUGAGUUUUCUGUUAUUGUUGAUUUAGUAAACUGUGCUUAGGCAUUCUGAUGUUUUUAGAUUUUUUUUUCUUUUUUCCUUGAGGGCAUUUUUUUUUUCUUUCAAUCUGAAAUAUUAAUGGCUUUUUAAAGAAAUCAGGACUGCGCGACAGGCCGACUUGAUCGGAUGUCAGUUUAUUUGACCGAUAAUGGAACUUGGAAAUUACACGUUAUACAUUUUGUAUUUCCUUCUCACCCAUUAUCAAUUUGGUCAUAUUUUAGUUUGUUUAGAUUAUUUAAAAUUUUAAUUAAAUCAACAGAAUGAAUCUGCAGUAUGCAUUUAACCUCACAGGUAUAACAGAUGUGAUGAAUUACUCAAAAAAAAAAACUGUUGCUUGUGCUUCCUUUUGAAAUUGUAAUGAAGUUUAAUUUUUUUAAUUUAAUUUAAUGCUUGUCCUCCUUUUUGUAAAUGCAAAGUCUUUUACCAAGUGAGAUGCCACUUGCGUCUAAAGUUAAACAUCAUGUUUCAUUGAAAUAUAUCCCAUGUGACACAGCUCGGUGGCUGGGCAGUACAGAUUUCGAUCUGAAUUAUGGCUGCAGCUCACGCUCGCAAAAAAUGUCUUCAAAGCGUAAUUAAAUUAGAGGUGUAAUGUUGAUAGACGUUGGGUGUUUCCCCUGAUGUCGUCUGUAUGUCCAGCCACCUGUAGCUUCCUGUUUUUACUCCUUGUUUCAUGGUGUUUCUGCAUCGGACAUCAUGCAUUAAGCUCCCAUUUAUUUAUUCUUCCGUGGUGUCAUUUUUACCCGUAAUGAUGCACAUGAACCUUUCGCCUCCGCCUUGUACUGCUCACAUGUACGAUCACUGAUUUGAAUGACAGCCAUACCUGUAUAAGCAGAUUAGUUUUUAUCUGGUUUGUAGGGCUGCAGUGAACAAGACUGCAACUGUGUUUACUGUUAAUUACUUUGCAAAAAUUCUGGUCUGAAUGGAAUUUUAGAAUGUAAAUACUCCUGUACAUAGCGGUUAAUGGACAUUUAAAAAUGCUUAGACUACUUUUUUCCCUGAAGCUUAUAUUUUUAUUUUAUACAAUAUUUCUGAGUUGUCAUUUGGAAAAACGAAAAAGAAAUCGCAGGAAGAAGAUGAUAAAAAAAAAAAAAAAAAAAAUGUUUGUACCCGUUUCAAGGACAUUGUCUUUGGUUACAUGUAAAUAGUUGUAUCUCCAAAAAGAAAAAAAAAAAGGUUGCUACUUUCAGUACA